AUGUCAACUAACAGACCCUCACGACACCAUGGCUUCCGUGGCUACGCUGCAGAUCACGAUCGUUUGAAACGAGCGUUAUUACUACCAGUUCAAUCUUGGGUUAAAAAAUGGCAAUAUCCAAAUGGUGGAAAAAACUUUGAGAUAUUAAAAUGGACCAAAUCCGAUAAGAAAUUGACCUUCGAUGACGCAGAUGAAAGUGGUAUUGUAGUAACGACUCGUCAACAAGUUAAUAGUGAG